ACUAUUUUGAGGAUUGUGGUCCUUGGCAUAUGGGAUUACAUUGAAAACAAAAUCGAGGUGUUUGAUGGUGCUGUCAUAAUCUUGUCCUUGGCACCAAUGGUGGCCUCAACAGUGGCUAAUGGCCCCAGCAGCCCAUGGGAUGCUAUCAGCCUUAUUAUCACACUACGAAUAUGGAGAGUGAAGAGGAUCAUUGAUGCCUAUGUCCUUCCAGUGAAAGUGGAGAUGGAGAUGAUGAUUCAGCAAUAUGAGAAGGCAAAGGUUAUUCAAGAUGAGCAGCUGGAAAGACUAACCCAGAUCUGCCAAGAACAAGGGUUUGAAAUCAGGCAGCUGAGGGCACACCUUGCUCAGCAGGAUUUGGAUCUGGCUGCAGAGAGAGAGGCUGCGCUGCAGGUCCCACAUGUACUGAACAAACAGAGCAGCAACAGGUACAAGGUGGUAGCAUCUGAAGAUUCGGAUGAUGAAGCCACCGAGAACAUCACUGAGCUGCGACCUGCACGAGAGGAUGACAUGAAUAAUUACAUGAGCCGAUACCACAACGAGCCUAGCAGUG